AUGAGGUUAUCUUCUUCCUCUUCAAGUCCUGGAUUUAAUGCCGAGACUGAGGAAGGAGAGAAGAAAUGCUUGAACUCAGAGCUGUGGCAUGCUUGCGCCGGCCCACUCGUUUCACUCCCACAAAUCGGAAGUCGAGUGGUGUAUUUUCCUCAAGGCCACAGUGAGCAGGUUGCUGCUUCUACCAAUAAGGAAGUAGAUGCUACAAUCCCUAACUAUCCCGGGUUACAACCACAACUUAUUUGCCAGCUUCACAAUGUUACUAUGCAUGAUUACUCGCAGACCCCUCCUUGUCAAGAGUUGCUUGCAAAGGAUCUUCAUGGAAAUGAAUGGAAGUUUAGGCACAUUUUUCGAGGUCAGCCUAAGAGGCAUCUCCUUACAACAGGAUGGAGUGUGUUUGUGAGUGCAAAGAGACUAGUUGCCGGGGAUUCUGUUAUUUUCAUUUGGAACGAAAAUAAUCAGCUUUUCUUGGGGAUACGUCGUGCAAAUCGACCUCAAACAGUUAUGCCUUCAUCUGUGCUGUCGAGCGAUAGCAUGCACAUUGGGCUUCUUGCUGCUGCUGCCCAUGCAGCAGCCACUAAUAGUCGAUUUACUAUUUUCUAUAAUCCAAGGGCGAGCCCAUCUGAGUUUGUGAUACCUCUGGUGAAAUACGCCAAAGCAGUUUAUCAUACAAGAGUUUCCGUGGGUAUGCGUUUUCGGAUGCUAUUUGAGACUGAAGAAUCGAGCGUUCGUAGGUAUAUGGGUACAAUUACUGGCAUUAGUGACUUGGAUCCUGUUCGUUGGCCAAACUCUCAUUGGCGCUCAGUAAAGGUUGGUUGGGAUGAAUCGACUGCAGGCGAGAGGCAACCGAGAGUGUCAUUGUGGGAGAUUGAGCCUCUCACAACUUUUCCUAUGUACCCAUCUCCAUUUUCCCUCAGAUUAAAGCGGCCAUGGCCAGCUGGACUCCCCUCAUUCUCUGGCCUUAAAGAUGGUGAUAUGGGCAUGAAUUCUCCACUCUCGUUCCUCCGUGGAGGUUUUGUGGACCAAGGACUUCAAUCCCUUAAUUUCCAAAACCUUGGUUUUUCGCCAUUUAUGCAACCGAGAUUCGACUCGUCUUUCCACUCUGUACAGCCUGAUAAUAUUUACCAGGUAAUGGCAGCUGCAGCUCUUCAGGACACUUCUACAUCAUUAGAUCCCUCGAAACUCCUACAAUUCCAGCAAAAUAUUCCAAAUAUUCCCACUUCAUUAAUGCUGAGUCAAAUGCUACAACAACCACCUCAGUCCCAUCAAACCUUCACCCACAACAUUCCAGAAAACAACAUCAUUUCUCAGGGUCAGUUUUUACAGCAGCAGCAGUUUCAACUCCACCAGCCGCCGGUUAUCGACCAACAACAGCAAAUUUACCCUCAGUUUCAAGAUAAACAGGUCAAAAAGUCAAAUCCCGACAGCUCGCCAUUAGAACCGGUCUCUGAGGCUCAGUUCACGAGCCAGCUGCAGAAUUUCUCUGACCUCAUCAGGGCCCACAUACCAUCAUCCUCCAACAAUCCCUCUAUGCAGAACCUCGUUAGCUCUUUUUCACGAGAAGAAGCUUCCCAGUUAGUCUCUCAAUCGUCAUCCUCCAAACGGGUGGCAUUGGACCCACAGAUUCCGAACAAGGCUUCUCAUUUUGGCGUUCCCCAUUUGGAAGAACUCAAGAUGUCUAAUUCUAAGGUCUCAGACAUCUCGGCAAUAUUGCCACCUUUUCCGGGUCGUGAAUAUUCGGACUUUCGGGGCCCAAGCAAUUCACAUAGCAAUUUGUUGUUUGGGAUUGGUAACGACUCUUCAGCUAAUGUGGUGAACGGAGGCUAUGAGAGCGAGUCUUUGACGAUCCCUUAUGCGGGCCCCGAUUUUGGAGGUGGCGUAGCCGCUGAGUUUCCCCUCAACUCGGACAUGACCACAUCGAGUUGCGUGGAUGAAUCGGGUUAUUUGCAGCAUUCAGAGAAUUUGGACCAAACAAACCCGACCGCAGGAGCCUUUGUUAAGGUUCACAAGUCAGGGUCCUUCGGGCGUUCACUCGACAUCUCCAAAUUUAGCAGCUAUCCGGAGCUGCGAUGUGAGCUGGCUCGGAUGUUCGGGCUCGAAGGUUUAUUGGAGGACCCACAGAGAUCAGGCUGGCAGCUUGUAUUCGUUGACCGGGAGAAUGACGUUCUUCUCCUCGGUGAUGACCCUUGGCAGGAAUUUGUGAACAGUGUCUGGUAUAUCAAGAUUCUAUCCCCCAUGGAAGUGCAACAGAUGAGAAAAGAGGGGCUCGACCUCCCGAAUUCCUCCCAAACAAAACCAGUUCUCGAGCAGCAGCAAUAGCUGUGAUGAUUACAUGAGCCAAAAAGACUCAAGAAGCAAAAAAAAAAAGGGAGGGAAACAUCUAUAAUGUAACCGAAGCAAAACCAAGUUUCGUCGUGUAUAAAUUGCUUCCAUUGGCCUGUGAUUUUUCCUUUGUCUUUCAACUUGUACUCUUUUUAAGGGCAGUGGUAUGUAUUAGUAUCUUUUGUAUUCUGCUUAGGGCUUUAAUUGUUAAAGCUUGUAUUAUGGGAGAAGUGUAUAUCUGUACUGUGAGUCCUUGUCUUGUUAGAACUAACAUCUGAAUGUUUGAGAUGUGAGACCUUGAUGGCCAUUUGUAAUCAAGAAAACCAAGCAGGCUUCUUUAUCUUAAAUGUUCUCCAUG